AUGCGUGAGGAAGAAGGAAUCGAUGCUACGAUUAUGUCUUAUGAUGCUCUUCCAGAAAGACCUUCGUCUCCAACUGGUAAAAGAAAGUUUGAUUCGAGUCAGAAUACUCAAAAGAAGAAACCUAAGAAGUUCAAAAUUCUGGUAAAAGGACAGUCUUCAACAUCCUCUGAGAAUGUUGCUCUUAAUACAUCUACAAUAUCUGAUUGUAAGGUUUCUAACUCUGUUAAUCCUUCUAUAUUUGUUUCUGCUACUAGAUCAACUGUUUCACCCUUACUUACACCACCUUCAUACACUUCGACCACAGUUACUACAACACCAAUCUCAUCACCACCAUCAAAUGAUAUCGCUCCUAUAGCAAAAUCCAAAGACAAUCCAAUCCCUCAAACAACAACAACAUCGAUAACCACCUCAACUCUUCCACAAGUUAUUUUUAAACCGACCCUUCUUUCAUCAUCUUCCUCUAAAUCUUUAUUAUCUUAUGCAUUUAGAACCUCUACAACCACCAAACCUCUAAUCUCUACAUCCUCUGAAACACCUCAAAUAUUUGUUUCUUUCCCAAUAGUCUCUAAGGCUAUUAUCUGUGGUUCCUCUCCACCGAUUUCUAACCUAACACCAACUUCUGAUUUCAACAUCUUUAUUGCCAUAAUUUCCUCAAAUAAACCAACCUCAAUAUACCAAUCCAACCGAUCCCUCUGA